AUGGCAAAAAACAACUUGACAGACAGUGAUAUUUUAAUAAGCAGAAUAGGCCCUCCAUCCUCUCCUGCAGGAGGAGAGAAGGAAGAAAAUCCUGCUCUGCUGGCCGAAAACUGUUUCAGGGAAUUACUAGGACGAGCAACUUAUGGAAAUAUGAAUAAUGCAGUCAGACCAGUUUUUGCGCAUUUAGACCAUCAUAGGCUAUGGGAUCCCAAUGAAUUUGCUGUUUCCUGCUUCAAAAUCAUCAUGUAUUCUAUACAGGCACAAUACUCCCAUCAUGUAAUACAAGAAAUUCUUGGACACCUUGAUAUUCGCAAAAGGGACUCACCUCGAGUUCGCGCUGGCAUUAUUCAGGUUCUUUUGGAAGCAGUUGCAAUAGCAGCUAAAGGAUCAAUAGGUCCAACAGUUCUGGAAGUUUUUAAUACUUUGUUGAAGCACUUGCGCAUCAGUGUUGACUUUGAGCUGGGUGAUAGGCUUUGAAGUACCACUUUCAGCACAAGCUCCAAGGAGAGUGAUGAGAGGAUUGUCCAGAAUGCUAUUAUUCAAACAAUUGGAUUUUUUGGAAGCAAUCUCCCAGAUUACCAGAGAUCAGAGAUCAUGAUGUUCAUUAUGGGAAAAGUACCUGUUCUGGGGACAACCUCACAAUCACUGGAUACCACUCACCUUGGAGAUUUGGGAACUAGGAGGAUUCAAAUCAUGUUAUUGAGAUCUUUACUUAUGGUGACUUCAGGAUACAAAGCGACAACGAUAACGAAUGCGCUUCCUCCCCCUUUUCUGGACCCGUUACUGUCUCCAUCACUCAUGGAGGACUCUGAGCUGAGGCAGCUGGUCUUGGAAGUCCUGCAUAAUCUUAUUGAUCGGCACGACAACAGAGCAAAGCUCAGAGGGAUACGAAUAAUACCAGAUGUUUCAGAUCUAAAGAUAAAACGAGACAAAAUUUCAAGGCAAGACGUGAGCUUCAUGAAAAAGCAUGGUCAGCAGUUGUACAGACACAUCUACUUAGGCUGCAAAGAGGAAGACAACGUCCAAAAAAAUUUUGAACUCCUGUUUACAUCUCUAGCUCUUAUCACAAUUGAACUAGCCAAUGAAGAAGUGGUUAUUGACCUCAUUCGAUUAGCUAUUGCCUUGCAGGACAUUGCCAUCAUCAAUGAGGAUAGUCUGCCAAUGUUUAAUCGCUGUGGUGUCAUGGCAUUGGUUGCAGCAUAUCUAAAUUUUCUGAGUCAGAUGAUUGCAGUUCCUGCCUUUUGUCAACAUGUCAGCAAGGUCAUCGAAACGAGAAGUGUGGAAGCAUCUUAUUUCCUACCAGAAACAAUUUUCAAAGACAAGUGCAAUCUUCCAAAAUCCCUAGAGAAGGAUGAAAAAAAUUUAUUUUUCCUGACGAACAAGAUUGUGGAAUCAUUAGGAGGCAGUGGAUACAGUGUGGAAAGAUUGUCAGUUCCAUACGUACCCCAGGUAACAGAUGAGGACAGACUCUCCAGGAGGAAGAGCAUUGUGGACACAGUAUCUAUUCAGGUUGAUAUUCUGCCUGGCAACAACACAGAUGAUAAGGUUGAUAAUACUGAAGAAAUCACCUUUGAAGCCUUGAAGAAAGCAAUUGAUAACAAUGGACUUGAAGAACAGGAAAAAGAAAAAAGACGUCUUGUGAUUGAAAAGUUCCAAAAAGCACCAUUUGAAGAAAUUGCAGCACAAUGUGAAACCAAAGCAAACUUGCUUCAUGAUAGACUUGCACAGAUACUGGAACUCACCAUUCGACCUCCACCUAGCCCUUCAGGAACGAUGACCAUUACUGCUGGACAUGCUCAUUACCAAUCUGUUCCAGUCUAUGAGAUGAAGUUUCCAGACCUUUGUGUGUAUUAAGUGUCUUCUGAAGUCUGCUGGACAUUAUUUAGAGUAGAGUACAAUAGAGAGAAUAAGAUGAGUUUUCAAAUUUU